CAGCGCGAUGGUCCUUGCACCUUGAGGGAGACGUACCAAUGCAACGACGCCAUGGCGAGGGGCACGGCCGUGGCGGGGGUGAGGGCGAGGCUAAGGGCGAGAGCAAGGGUGGCCGGGGCAUUGACGAAGCGUGCGAGUCGGAUGGUGUGGUCGACAUGGAUAUGAGCUCGGACGAGGAAGAAGGCGAGGAGGUAUCGUUCAUCGUCGACGCCAACCCCACCGAUGCGGCGUACUUUGACCCAGACCAGUCGCUCGAGGCAGCAGCCUACCACCUCUUUGAGCGCCCGUGCGGCUCCUCGCUGCUCGGCGCAGCUUCUUCGGCGACGGCGGCGGCGGCGGCGGCGGCUGAGCCAUCGACGCAGUCUGGCUGCUUCAAUUGCGAGUCGCUCGAGCACAGCUUGCGCGCCUGUCCGCGCCCGCUCCACCAGGCGACGAUUCGCAAGAAUCGUGCCUUUUUCGAGGCUGCGCGCCGGCCCGCCACCCCCGACGACGACGAUGGCAACGACGAUGACGACAACAAGAGCAACCCGGCAGUAGGCGGGCCAACAAGAAUCGCUGCAGCGGACGCGCGAGCAACAAGAUCGUACGGCCAGCCGCCGCGCGACUUUGCCGAGCGCUUCUACCUCCUAGAGCGCUGGCGGACAGAGCGUCUACGAUGGCUCGACACGUUCCAGCCCGGCAUGGCGAGCACGGAGCUCCAGCGGGCGCUCGGAGUCGUCGAUGCCGAGCGCGACGAGCUGCCGUUUCUAUACAUGAUGCUCCGCUGGGGCUACCCGCCGGGCUGGGCCUCGAGCGACGGUACCAAUCCGCUGAAGAGGUUGUGGGCACUGUACGAGGGGGACAGCGCUUGGAUCGAGGCGCGGCCACUACAGGGAUUCGAGGAUAUCCCACAGCUGAGCGAAACCACGGUGGAGGCGAAGGGAAUAGAGGCGAAGCGAGAAGCAGAGCCCAAAGGCGCAAACGGAGUGGGUGAUGCAUCGCAGGAAGGAGCAAAGGAGGAAAGGGACGUCAUUCCAAAGGGUGAAGUGAAAGAGGAAGGGGAGAUUACAAUUAGCGACGAGGAGGACGAGGGGAAGAGAGUCAGGCGAUGGGUCAACUAUCGGACAGCGCUCUUCGACAGCUACAGGCUGCCCAUCUACAACGUAGGUCCUUGUUGGCGCCUCAAGAUGGACUCGCUUGCUCACCACGGCAUUUACGUCUUCAAGGGCCACCCGCUCCCAGACAUGGAGCUUAAUCAGCGCGCAUACACCAGUCUUUCGGACUCACGGGACGACUUGUUUCACACAGACAUCACACGCAGUGGCGCAUGGGACCCGUACAAGUACACCAACAGUUAUCAUACGCGAGGAUGGGACGAGGUGGACAGACAGCAGGGGCCACGAUAGGGCCAGGAACAACCAACUCAUAUGUACCACUAUUACCAUUAGCAUUGCCAUGACUGGUCCUGACAAAGGCCAAUGACCGUGCGAGGAGCCGAG